AUGCAAUAUGGGAAAUGCAGAUGCCGGGUGAGACUAAGAGGACCAGUAGUGGUGGAGGUGGGGGGAGACAAUGUAACAAUAAUAGAGGAAUUUGAUGCGAAUGGAUAUCCUAAAGUUCAUGGUGUAUAUUCAGCCGAAGACCUCAGAUCUCUCACAGAUCCUAAGCCUAAGAGGAUUAUAAUAGUAUCCUCUGAUGAAGAAGAUGAGCUUAAAGAUGAAACAGUUAAAGGAAAUCUGGGUACAAACAUCAAAGAAGUUAUAUCUAAGAAAAUGAAGAAUCACGGAAUUGGAAUCCCUCUUGAUUUGAAGGAGGAAGACGAUAUUAUCAAUUCCAAAGAGGUAACUAAUUAA